GAAAAAGCGUCGGAGCAUUUAUCAUAAUGGAUGGAUGAAAAGUCAAAGACAAAUGACUAGAAAACCUUGGGCAUCUGUCAACUUGCCUAGUGCAGUAGAUAUUGUGGAAAGGAAACCAGAAACGAGAGAAUGUUGGAAGGAGUUGUUGAAAACCCUAUUUGAGAGGCAAUCUAAGAAACCUUAUCGUUCCCAGUUGUUGGGUCCCCUUUCUCAACUCUAUGUCCAAGGAUUCGAAGUGGAACAACUUUGGGAACAGUUGCAGUUGAGAAACCGACCAUUGUUACGGUUUGUAGUCAAAAAGUUACAACAAUUGGAAUUGCAGAAAAAGGAAACUAUAAAAGAAGAUGAGCAAACACGCAAUACAAGACAAAAGGAAGAAACACUGGAUGAGAUGGACGUCAUGGAAGACGACCUUGUUUCCGAUGAAGGGACGCAAGAUAUCGAAAAAGUCAAAGAGUUGAACGACGCUCAGUUAUCCAAACAAGAGGUCGACAACGAUGAAGAAGAUAAAUUUUUUAGUUACGAUGCAAUGGCUAAAGCAGCAGAUAGAGAUGAACCCUAUGAUGAGGAAGAUAAUAUGAAUGAUGAGGAAGAAGACUUGUGGCAAGAAGAGUUGUAUAAUGAAACGGGAGGAGAAACUGAGGAACAGGAAUAUCAUUAUGAAAAGUUUUUUGAUCAUUCCACUGCUUUAGAUACAAGCAAUAAGAACAAGAACAGCAAUUCAGUCGACCCACUAGAAGAGAGAAUUAAGCAGUUGGAAGAGAAACAAAUAGGAAACAAACAUUGGUCCAUGUUGGGAGAAGUUAGAGCCUCACAACGUCCAGUAAAUAGUGCGUUGGAUAUCGAAAUAGAUUUCGAUAGCGCAAUGAGACGUACAAAGACUGACUCAAAUGAUGGUGAAGAUGAUGCUAUGAAUACUUUAGAAGAGAGGAUUAAACACAGAAUUGCUGAGUCAGCUUACGAUGAUGUUAUUCGUAUAAAGCCUCCUGAAACCUCAAAACCUACAGUUUUAGAAUUAUCACAAGAGAAGGACAGAAGAGGAUUGAGCGAAGUAUAUGAAGAAGAAUAUCUCUUACAUACGCAAGGAAGCCAAGUCAAAAAACAGGAUAAGAGACAUGACGAAAUUGAUCAAUUAUUUCAGGAACUUACAACUAAGUUGGAUGCUUUGAGCAACUUUCAUUAUACUCCUCGUCCUGCUCCUCCUGAACUUAAAGUUAUUCCUUCUAAUCUUCCUUCCAUUGUAGCUGAAGAAGCAGUUCCAGAGGUUUUGGGUGAUGGGGAAUUGUUGGCACCAGAACAGAUAUACAAACCUUCAUCUAAUCAAGAUAGUGAAAAUGCAAAGCAAAUGACUUCACAAGACCGCAAGAGAUGGAGAAGAAAGAGAAAGCGUGCUGGGAGACGAGCCAAGUUACGUAAACAAUGGGAAGCCAAAGUUGCUUAUCAAGACCACGGAGCAUCGAUGAAACAACAAAGAAAAGAUGCAAUGAAGACGUUGGAAACACUGAAGCACGCAACAAACCGGAUUCAGAUUUACAAUAAGACUGGCAACAACAAGAUAGGCGAGAAAAUACAAAACAAGAAGAAGGAACAAAAAAUGGUUGGACACAAGCUUCAGUCGUCAUCUUUGAAAUUGUAGGAAGAUAUAUAUAUAUAUAUAUAUAUAUGUGUGUGUGU